AUGGUUGGGUUUCGGGAAAACGAGGAUGUUGUUGAAGAAGAAGAUGAUGAGGAAUUCGAACGAUGGAAACGUGAAAAAAUGACACUUCGAAAUUAUGCUAAACUUUAUUUCUGUUGUUGUAUUUUUGACCGGGAAAAAGAGAAUCCAAUUUGUUUUGAUGUAAGUUUCUUCAACUUGUGUGAGCUCUGAAAAUUUCCAGAUUUUUUCAGGAGAACAAUAUAAGAUAUCGCGCAAUUUUUGGAAUUUUUCAUGUUCAACACGUUUUGCUGGUUUUAACAAUUCUGAAAACAAUCAUGCUUUUUGUGUUUCUAAUCUUACAAUUCAGUAAAGCUGAAAAUGGUUUGGAAGUUUUGAGUGAGUUCUGAUUUCUAAAAAUCUGGAAUGGCGUCCCAUCAAAAAAACUUUCCAAUUGCCACGUGGAAAUUCAAACUUUCCUCUUAAAGUUUCUGAUGUUUCAGCAUCUUGUUUUGCAUUUUUCACUGUCUGCAUCACAAAUAUUCUUCUAACAAUUGGAAUUCGAUUGAAAAGGUUGGAAAAUAACAACAAAAAUUUCUUCACAACUCCUUAAUUUUUGAAAUUUCAGAUAUAUUUUCCUCAUUCCAUAUUUCACAGUUUGUGUUCUUUGUAUAUUCGUUCUUAUCCUUCAUUUGUUUGUCACUUUUCUCGGAACAAUUAAUGCGAAGAAUCAAAGUUCGGUGUAUGACCAUUUGAUUUUGGUAAAUCUAAUUCUAUUUCUAAUUGAUCAGAAACCAAAAUCAAAAAUAAGAAAAAAAAUCCAUAUUUUGUAGCUCUUCGUGAUUUUCUUCGAAAUCUAUAUGCUCACAAUUGUCUGGCGAGCAUUUGUCUAUAUCUGCGACUACAACAUGCAAAGACAAAUCGAAAAAGUUGGCCGCAAAAAAUCGAUGGUCCGCGCUUUUAUUCAACUUGAUCCAACGAAAAAAGCGGAAUUUGUUUGA